AUGGAUCUCACCCCUCCGCCUGGCAUAGAUCUUAACGAGUCACAUCAAACCGAGCUGUACGCAAAAUAUUCAGCUACUUAUGGUCUAGCUGUGGUUGUGGUUAUACUGCGAUUGCUGUGUCGACUAAAGGUCUCCAAAACUAACUUAUGGUGGGAUGACUAUAUGAUGUGUGUCGCAUUGGCAUUUGCCACGGGCAAUUAUAUCGACAUGAUGAUCUGGGUUCAUCGAGGUGUCGGCCUCCAUAUCUAUCCCUUAGGACAGACGGGCGUCUCACACUUCUAUCUCAAUCUAUUCGUCUGCGAGAUCCUCUACACACUAGCUCUGUGUUGCACCAAAUACUCCAUCCUGCUAUUCUUCUGGCGCAUCUUUAAUAGAACCAACAUUCGCAUCCCGAUCUGUAUCAUUGCAUGCUUGGUCACAGGCUGGGGACUUGGUGUGAUCCUCACAACACUCUUCCAAUGUAUACCUAUCCAAGGACUGUGGGAUUACUCCAUCACUGCCAAGUGUGGUGUGAACAUCAACGACUUCUUCAUCGGCAACGCAGUCCCGAAUAUUAUCACCGACUGGGCUCUGUUGAUCUUGCCCCUACCGUAUGUCUGGAAGAUCCAGCAAAACACCCCUCAAAAGAUCGCUCUAUGUGGAGCUUUUGCAGUGGGGGGAUUCAUUUGCAUCAUAUCAAUCUUUCGGUUAGUGGUCAUGUUGGACUCAUACAAAACGCCGUCCGUCGAUGUAACAUGGGUAUUUAUUGGUCCCUCCACAUGGACUGCUGUGGAGACUAACAUUGGCAUUGUCUCUGCUUGCCUCCCCUCUCUCGGACCCUUCAUACGAUUCAUCACUCGGAAAGGCGGUCGUAAGGACACCAACGAAGACGACACGCAUAAGCUAUCCAACUGGUAUGCGUCAGCAUCGUCCAAGAGUGGCGACCGGUCCUAUCACGACAAUCACACGGAUCGCAUUGAUCGCAUUGAUGUGACAACAAGCGUGGAUGUGGAGACUUACCGACGGCAUAGUGAUAACAUGUUUUGA